AUCCUACUCUUCCUCUACUCUAAUCACAAAUCACAUCAACAUCACAGCACAGCAGUCUCAGCUCAGUCAGUCAGGUUCUUUCACGAUUACUAGUAAUCGUGGGUUCUUUCUAUCUAAUCUAAAACAGAACUUUCCAUUGCUGACCAUCAACAUCGACAUCAACUAUCAACCUAAAUAACCUAUUCUAUGCAGCGUUGCCCCCAAGUGCAAGUGUAAGAGCAACACAUUUCUCGGUUAAAAUUCAGUAUGGUGUGAAAAAUUUAUUCAUUUUCUUGUGUUGCAUUAAGGAAACUAGGUUAUAUUUUUGUAAUGGAUUUUGGUUCUGUUCUCUAUACUGCUCAUAAAAAUGAGAAAAUUACCAACAAAGAGGUUAAAUGCUACAAAACCAAAUUUGACCCUCCUAAAAAAGAGGUCAAACCUCCUAAACCCAAUCUGUCUGCAAACAUUCAAAAAUAUCUUCAGAAAAGAGAAGAAGAAGAAAAAAGACGAGCUGAAGAAGAAAAAAGAAAGAAAGAGGAACUUAUAGCUCUUCGAAAUCAAGACAAGAAAGCCUUUAAACGAGUUCAGACAAUGUUGAAACGCACAAAAUCGGCAAACAAGAGUGUAAUGGAGGAUGCUAUUGAUGAAGUCAACACCGUUGUUACCAUGGCAGGACCGCAACAAUGUGAUGAAGACGAUUACGGCUACGUUUCCAAGGAGGCCUCUGAAUUUUACUCUAAAAUGAUGGAUAAAUAUGCAAAUAUGCCACCUGAAGAACCUAAAUUCUCUUUAUCCAAGAAAACUGUUCCAAAGGAUUUAAAUGCUGCUAAGGAUCGAGUAAAAGCUGCUUUGCAACGAGUAGAAGAAGAAGAAAUGAUGCCACAUAAAAGGAAACGAAAAUCAAAAUCUGAUAAACAUGAUGAGGAAAACGGCAAUGAAGACGAUGAUGAUAGAAGGAGAACCUCAAGAGAAUCCUCUCCCGUAGAAGAAAAAAAACCUAAAAAGCCCAAGAAAAUGGCUCCUCCUCCGAUAGAUUUCUCCUCUUUACUGAAGUUAGCAGAACAAAAGCAGUUUGAACCUAUCAAAAUUGAAAAAAAGAUGGAAGAUGAAGAGAGACCAAUGACAAAAAAACAAAGACUUGAAUAUGAAAGAGAACUUGAAAGCAGACGAAGGAAAGAAGAACGAGAAGCGAUGAGGCUAGCUGCUGUAAAUAAAAGAUCCAAGUCAUCUGACAGUGGUGAAAGAAAAGAGAAACCAAAUGGUUUGGGACGUAUUCCAAAAAAAUCAAAUGCAGCAGAUAGUAAGCCAAAACAGGAAAUGAACCAAAGGUACUCUGGUGGAACUGAUGAUCAUCAGGGGAAUGGUGACAGGUACUCAAAUACUGAAAGACAAAAGAGUAAAAACACUUUAGAAUCUGAAAGGUCUUAUAGUAAUUCUGGAACCAACGAUUACAGGAAAGAUUCGAGCAUCUUAAAGUCCAGGCUUUCAACGACAGAUGAUCAGAAACCACUUAAACCGAAACAGCCUUCAAUUUCAUCAAACAAAAUUAAAUCAAGAAACCAUAACAUAUCAGAUGACGAGGAGUCAGAUGCAUCAGAUUCAGGUUAUGAGAAAUCACAACGAUCAUAUAGCAGCCAUUUGAUGGAGCACCAAUCAGAACGUUCAACUUCCUACAGAGAGUAUGAACAUCGUCCUUCAUCUGGGUCGGAAAGAGGCAAUGCAGAAAAAUAUAAGCCAAAAAAAUAUUCUAACAAUAUUAAUGAAUGUACUGACUCUCAGUCUAGUAAUGACAGUAGAAAAUAUAAUCCUACAAAAUUACAGCCAAACUCUGAAGCAAGUCAUCACAAAUACAAACCUCAGGCAAAGUAUAAAACUGAUGUAAAUGGAAAUAAACAUGACCUAUAUAAACCAUACCAUCCAGAAAAACAAUCUUCCAAGCUUAACAGUUCGUCUAAUGGUAACGGCAGGUCUUAUUCUCCUGUAGGAAGUAGUUUCAAUAAUGGAAAAUAUUCAAACAACCGUAAACAAUCUAGUUCAGAUUCUGAAGAUGAGAUGAAAUACAGACCAUCCACAAAGGGUAGUUCUUCAUACAAGCCUUUGUAUCGUGAUAAAGUUGUGGAGAGUGAUGAAGAUCAGUCUCAGUCUCCAGGCUACUCAAGUCAAGAGAAAAAACGUAAAGUUUCAUAUUCUGAACCUGAAUCAGAACAUGACUCGCGAAAUGGACCUCCAACAAAAAAAUUAUCAACAAGUAAGGUGAAGAAAAUUUCAAGUUUAUUUGAGGGAUCAGAUGAUGAACAAUCAUCAAACCAUGACAAAGUUCGAGUAAAUGAAGAUAGGAGACCAAAAAUGUCUACUGAUCACAAAAGACACAAUGAAAGCGAUGUCAGAAAAUCAAAACCUGAAUCAGACAGACAGAAACACCCUUCCUCAGAUUCAAAAUUCAAAAUUCCUAAAAGUUCUAAAUCAGAAUCUGAAAAAUCCAAAUCAUCAGAAAGUGACAGAUACAGAUCAUCGGAAAAUUCAAAAUCUUCUCAUUCUCUAAAACCAUCAAGCAAAGAUACACAAAAGUAUCAACAAGAAAGUUCAAAAUCAGAGAGAGUUUCUUUAACCUCCAAACCAGAUGGUGAUAGAAAACGUCCAGGCGAAACAAGUAGCUUCAAACCUCGUCCCUCUACAGAAUCCCUUAAAACUGACACAAAAGAAAACAUAAAGAAAACUGCAGAGGAAGUUCUAAAAAAAAGUGCUGAUGUCUGGUCUAAGCCCUGCAAUCAGUCACCAUCUAAUCCUUCACCCAGACCUCUAGGUGGUUUAAGUGAAAGUCAGCUGCAGAGACUACGAGAAAUGAAUAAAAAACCAACUCUUUCAAAGCCUCCUGAAAAUAGAAUUAGAUCUGGACCUUCAGAAAACAGAAGUUCAUUGAUCGGUAGAUCAGAUGGGAGACCUGCAGCUAAGCCAGGACUGAGUCCUCAGGGCAAACCGAGUCUUUUAAUGAAGGCCGCUGCUGAGAGAGGUGCAAAGGCACAGAUGGCUUCAUCAAGGAGUAAUGAAUCAUCUGUCAACAAAUCCAGAGAUCUGUCUGCUAAAGACUCAAGACUAAAGCAGGGAGAAAUUAAACCCAAACAGUUUCCUCCGAAUGAUCUAAAACCCAAACAGUUUCCUCCAAGUGAUUUGAGGCCCAGGCAGUUUCCUCCCAAAGAUGUACGUCCACGACAAUUUCCACCACCAGAUGUUAAAAGGAAACCAAAGCCUCGUAGAAUCGAAGACUCGGAUGAUGAAUAUGACUCUGAUAUGGACAGCUUUAUUGAUGAUAGCACAGAUCUCAGAGCAGAAGAUAUAUCUAGAGAAAUCCAACAGAUAUUCGGCUACGACAAAUCAAGAUACGCAGGAAUGGAUGAUGAUGAUGAAUGUAUGGAGUCUAACUUUGGACAGAUAGACAGGGAGGAACUUAGAAGUCUCCAGAUAGGCGCAAAAGAAGAUUAUGAAGAGUUGAUGAGGGAUUUGGCAAGGAAAAAAAGGGCAAAACAGCGGAAACUAAUGGAGAAAGGAAAGAGGUGAUGCAAAAGUAUUGUGGGGAACGUUUUGGGUUGUGAAUUAAACACACUACCAGUUGUACAGCAACCAUAUUAGAUGUAAAAUAAUACUUAGUUUUCUAUCAUGUAAAAAAUGUUCUCUUGCUCUUUUUAGCCUUCUUACAUUAGCACAAUUAAGACGUAUAGAUUUUACAGUUAAGUUCAUUUACAUUUAUUGGUUAAUUAGGUAAUUUUAUGUGAUAUGUAAUUAAUUGCUAUUUUAGAUCUAUACAGUACCCUUCUAAUUUGAGCCUAACAUUGAAUUUUUAGUUUAAAAUGCACAUUAGCCUAUAUAUUUUUAAACCAUAUUAAUGGAAGAAACUUUAAGUGUAAAGACAUGGUUGUGGCUUGGUCACUAUUUUUUUAUUGUUGUGUUUCCAUUUCUAAUUGUAAUGCUUGGUCUAUAAAAGUUAUGUAACUCUAAGAGUUUUUCUGUUGUGUAUGUAUAUAAUUGAUCUAUUUAAUUUUAAUGUCUAUUUUAACUGUUUUGUCAAAACAUGUAUUAAUCUGUUAAUAUUUAUUUAAAUGUUUUACAAUGUUGUGAAAUUGAAGAAUCAAUAUUUUUAUACAUUUUAUUUUACUGAAGUUUAACUAUGCAACCUAAGGCUAUGUACACAUGAAAGCAUUGCAUCGCACCUUUAAACUCGUCUUUAGAAUUGAUUUUUUAAGAGGUUGUCAUCCUCUUAAUGUUUUCAUUUGCACGUACACAUAGGCUUCAGACGUGUGCGUGGAAAGUAUCCAGCAAAGCAAGUUGUGAGCUAGCACAGUUGAAGAGUGAAGUGUACUGAUAUUAAUUAGUGGUAUAAACCAGGAUCCGAACCCAUGACAUAACUGCUUUGAGCCCAAUGUCGGUGGUACUACCAACUGAGCUACCAACUCACCAAAAAAGAAAAACAUCUUCAUGAGUUUUGGACCGUCCUAGUAACUAUAGAAAUGGUUGAGGCUGUAUUUGAUGGGUUUUGCACUCUAGACUAAAAGAUCGGACGAAAAUACAAAGAAAGUAAACCAGGUAAAUUAGUACACUAAUCUAUACUCUCGGUUAUUAGUCCCCCCUUAUCAAAAUCUACUUAAAAAUCUUAACAUGGCAUUUUUAUUUUCCAUAAUCAUAACGAAAAGUAUAAAAUUGCUUUUUUUACCAUUAAAAAUGAUAAUACAGCAAAAAUUUACUGUGUAAAAAAUAUGAACAAAAAGUGUAAAAAAAUACCGUUUAAAAUUCAAACAAAAAAAGGCCUUUUGAAUAGAACAGAAAUUUCUUUGGUAGUGUUUCAAGAAUGCACGUUGAAGCGUGCAAUACACAACGCACCUUGCAGCGCUUCCAUGAGUAUGUAGACUUAGAAUUUGAUUAAGAUUAUUUUUAUGAUACCUAUUGUACUGUAAAAAAAGUAUAAAAAAUGUAAAAAUGUGAAAAAUGUAAGUAAAAAAAAUACAGUAUAUUAUAAGAUAGAGAAUUUAUGAGUUGGCUCUUAUAACUUGUUUGUUAACUUGUCAAUUGUUUAGAUUAGUUUACCCAAACAUGGAUAUUCGGUGGAUAUCCACAAACGUCAUCAAUAAUCGAUGUUUUUUCUUCAUUUUGAGUUUUUCUCCAGCUUUCUGCCUCGACUAAUUAAUUAACCUAGCUACUGGCAAGACAUUCCAGAUUGGAAGAUUUUUUCAUGUUUGCAUGACAAAAUAUUUCAAUUAAUUAGGCUGGAACUGGACUGCUGCCUCUGAAAUUUAUUAAGAAUGAAUUGAUUUUUUUGCAGUAUUUAUAACAGGGACCUCAACAAUGUAGACAGUUAUCUCACUCUCACUCUACUCUUGUCUAAGUCUAGUCCAGUUUGGGAUAUUUUUUGGAUUCAUUAAUUUCUCAAUAGAAAAAGUACAAAAAUUCUAUUUCUUGUUCAUACCAAUAUUAAAAUUUUUGUCUAAGUCUAGUCCAGUUUGCAAUAUUUUUUGGAUUCAUUAAUUUCUCAAUAGAAAAAGUACAAAAAUUAUAUUUCUUGUUCAUACCAAUAUUAAAAUUUUCAUUAAAACUAAUACAAUUCAGUCAAUGAAAAACAUUGAUAUUACGAUAGUUGGCCAAAAACAUUGAACAUUGAUGAUUCAAAAACAUCGGCUAUUGAUUUCAUUCCUACUUUUAUGUUUUAGACUUGUCAAGUCUUUUUAAGUGUACCGUACUUGUUUUUUAUUUUGUUACUGAAUACAAAGAUUGUGAGCUUUUA